GGAAGAGGAGGAGGAGGAGGAGGAGGAGGCGCACAAGCAGAAGCGGGCGAUGGCCAAGCACGGAUCCGAACUCCUGCGCAAGAGCCGCCUCACGACGGCUGCGCGGCAGUUGGACUGGCGAAGCCGAGACUGGUUGACCCGAGCUCGUGGGCGGGGGGGCUCGCGAUCUCACGCCUCGAGGACCUCUGCUGCGAACUCAGGCGGUGGGAGAACAUGGCUGACAAGGAGAAGGGCCGCCUUAGGACUACCGGCGACAGGGCGGCGAGGGCGCAGCUAAGGCGCCAGGACAGGCUGCUCUCUCUCCCCGACGGGCCUGAGUCCCAGAGCAUCACGCGGGAGGGGGUCAACGACGCGCCCGGCCGCCAGAACGCGAAGACCUCCACGGUCUUCGGCUACAAACGCCCGCGCAUGAUCACGGGGCGCGUCGACCCGAUCGCCGUGGACGUCGAGUUGCUCGACGCGGCCGUCGAGCUCGAUGAGGCUUUCCUGAUGAUCUCCAACGCGAACAACGGGGCUGUCCUCGUUGACUGCAUCGCAGCGAAGCUGUCCUCGACGGCGCAGAUGGUGAAGCGCCAAAUUCGCGAGGAGCUGUCGAUGUCUAAAUGCCGGGGCAUCACGUGGGAGGGGAUCAACGACGCGCCCAGCCGCCAGAACGUGAAGAUCUCCACGGGCAAGCUGGGGCGAGACGACCCCGCUGCUACCAGUUAA